AUGACGGCUAAAUGGGUAGAUGGAUCGAUGACACGGAGAGGCGGCCGCUGCGUCUUCCCGUUCCGGUACCAGGGGCAGGUAUUCCAUGAUUGCACUCAGCUCAACGCCCGGCACAAGUGGUGCUCCCUGAACCAGAGCUACGCUGGCUACUGGAAGUACUGCACGGCAGCCGACUUCGCCAAGUGCGUGUUCCCCUUCUGGUUCCGGCGCAUGAUCUACUGGGAGUGUACAGAUGACGGUAAUGACUUUGGGAAGAAGUGGUGUUCGCUGACCCAGGACUUCAACCGGGAUCAGAUCUGGAAAUUCUGCUGA